UUACCGCAUGCAGUACAGAAUUUCCCAUACGCAGGGCACUUGUCUUUCACACGGAAAUGCAGACUGCCACAAUACGUGCAUGAUACAGGCUGCUGCUCAGUUGGAUUUCAUUAACUAAACACACCCUUUAUGAGAAAAAGAGGCCGACCAGAAGCCCAGCGUUACUACAGAGGGCAACUUCUCCAUCACUGACAGGGAAGGUAAUAUUACAAGUGACAUCCAAGUGUUUGAUAAUGUUGAAGUCCAGAAGCCUCCUGUGCCUAAUAUGGUUUUCUGCAGCAAUCCAUUUGAACAUUAUCAAUGGCGAGAGGAAUAGGCAAGCAAAAUCGCCUCUUUUGGAGAACAGACCUUUUAUUGCAAUUUGGAACGCCCCUACACAGCAAUGUAGACGCCGGUAUGAAAUUGACUUGGAUCUCAGUGUCUUCGAUAUAGUUGCAAACCGUAAUGAAACCUUGAGUGGGCAAAACGUAACAAUAUUUUAUCACACCCACCUAGGAUAUUACCCCUAUGUUACUGACAAUGGGGAGUCUGUACAUGGUGGUGUGCCACAAAAUAGAAGCUUAGAGGAACACAUUAGUAAGGCUGCACAAGAUAUUAUUAACCGUAUACCAGAUAAAGAUUUCCAAGGCCUUGGAGUUAUUGACUGGGAGAACUGGAGACCACAGUGGGACAGAAACUGGGGAAGCAAAGACCUCUACAGGGAAAAAUCUAUAAAGUUGGUAAAGGAUCGCCAUCCAGACUGGCCUAUGCACUUGCUCAGAAAACAGGCCAAGGAAGAAUUUGACUCUGCUGCACGGAGUUUUAUGGGAGACUCUGUCCUCCUAGCUCGGAAGAUUAGACCAGAAGGCCAUUGGGGCUACUACCUCUUUCCUGAUUGCUACAAUUAUGAUUAUAAGCAGAAUCCUCAUUCAUACACAGGACAAUGUCCAACUAUUGAAAUAAAGCGUAAUGACUACCUGUACUGGAUGUGGGAAUAUAGCAAUGCACUAUUCCCUUCCAUCUAUUUAGACUAUGUUCUUCAGUCCAGCUCAAAUGCCCAAAAAUUUGUUCAUCAUAGGCUUAAAGAAGCAGCACGAGUUGCUUCCAUGUCAAAAAGAUCAUAUGAACUGCCUAUUUAUGCCUAUGCAAGGCCUUUUUACUCAUUAACACUUUAUACUUUAUCUCAGAUUGACCUAGUACAUACAAUUGGAGAAAGUGCUGCAAUGGGUGCAGCAGGAGUUGUACUGUGGGGAGGCAGCGACUAUUCCAGUACACCGGACAGCUGCAAUUUAGUGAAGAAAUUUAUUGAUGGAAAACUUGGACAUUACAUAGUUAAUGUCACUAAGGCUGCUAAGCUUUGCAGCAAAGUCUUGUGUAACAAUAAUGGAAGAUGUCUAAGGAAGCAUCAAGACUCGGCAGCUUACUUGCACUUGAAUCCAAAGAAUUUUAAGAUCGAGCCCCAUUUGUCUGGUAAAGGGCAUAAUGUGAGCGGCUACCACGGGAAGGAAGAUGUCCACUACAUGAAGCAGAAGUUUGCGUGCCAGUGCUUUGAAGGCUGGACAGGAAUGUUUUGUGAAUUCCCACAACUUGAGGAUCUACAUUGGAAAACUGAAAUCUCCUAUGAUGGAUCAGACUUAUUGUUUCAUUCUUUCAGCUAUUUGUUCUAUACUCUUCUCCAAAUUAUUAUUUUCCUCAAUUUUUACAAUUAAUUUAUUGAAUGCUCUAACAUUCACAUAAAAUGCAAUGUCCUGAUAGUAUCCUACAGGACUGUGUGUAUGUCGAGAAACUGGGGCAAGUAAACCGUUUUUAAAAGAGAAUCAUCAUCCACAAUGAAAAAAAUACCAUAUACAGUUGCAAGAAAAAGUAUGUGAACCCUUUGGAAUGAUAU